AAGCACCGGACCUAAUCUAACGAAACUACGAAUCGAUGCGGCAAGGGUAUCAGUGUAAAGGACGCGCACGUAAACAACUGAGCUCGGGAUGACUGAUAACGGGGUACGGACUGAAGAAGCACCGGAAUGCAUAGCGCAGACGGUCAGAACCGUUCGGGGUCGGGAUCUAACAGGAGUCACAGUGUACUGCUGACCAUCGUUGUGGACGGAGGUGGAUUAGAAUCGAGCGGCCAUGGGAAAGUUUGAGCUGGAGACAGCGCCCCCGAGCGCAGAGUUGCUGGAGGUUGCCAAGCAGGAGCUUCGUGAGACACCGGAGGUACGUGCGGCUGCUGUAGAAGAGCUCCGCAAGCUCCUGGAAGCGGCAACGGAUCUCAACUACCCGAAUGACGAAGAGUUCCUGAUUAUUUUCCUUCGCCCAACGAAGUUCUACCCAGAAAGUGCACUGAAGUUGAUGCGCAACAUUGCGGAGUUCAACAAAAGCUACAAGGAAACCCUUUUCAACUUGAUGCCCAGUGAUGUGCAGAAUGUAUUUAUCGAGCACAACAUUAUCAACAUUCUGACCAAUCGGGAUCAGCAUGGGCGUCGCAUGAUGAUCGUGAACAUGGGCGAAACCUGGGAUCCGAAGGCAGUGUCGGAGGAGCACAUCUUCCGUGUGCUGUACACGAUUCACAAGCUGGCCAUGCUGGAACCGGCCACCCAGAUCAACGGUGUGGUGGUGAUCUAUGACUUUAAGGGAAUGGGCAUGAAGCACGUCAAAGCGAUGUCACCCGGUGGCGCUAAGCGUCUACUGACCUUUAUCCAGGAGGCCAGUCCACUGCGUGUAAAGGGCAUCCAUUUCAUCAACCAACCCAUGGUGUUCAGUAUGGUGUGGACUCUGUUCAAGCCUUUCGUGAAGGAGAAACUGAACAAGCGCAUGUUCUUCCAUGGCGACAAACUGUCGAAGUUACAUGAACAUGUGCACAAGGAGUACCUACCGUCGAACUACGGAGGAAGUCUUCCGGCACUGGACUACGGUGGCAAGGAUUGGUAUCCAGUAGCAGAACAGCAUCUCGAGUUCAUCAAGAAAUGGAACUCGUGUGGAUUUAAGUAAAACAUGACAUACUGAACAAUUCGAGUCGCAGCCACUUGGCAAUUGCAUCGUUAUCAUCAAACCCCGCUGUCUCACUGACUGAAAAGGAGAACGAGAAGAAGAGAGAUUGAGUAGGAAACGAACUCGCACGCCGUCUAAGUCGUUAUCAAUCGGUCGUUGUAAGUUCCCUAUAGACGUCAAACGAUUGUUUUUUUCUUUCUCUCCUCAUCUCUCUCUCUAUUGCGACGCUUAUCAUUCAUCUUCCCAACGGAUUCAAGUGUUAUAUUUUUAGUUUCAACUUUUUCGUGCCCCUCAGCACAAUUCGGUGCACAGUGGGAUCGCUCGAGUGGCGCGUUGUGAAUCAAUUGGAACCCUCAAAAGCCAUGAUGCAUUUUGUGUUGCAUUUGUUAUCGACUUGUUAUGAGUUACGUGCAUAAAUAAAGCUUGUAAAAGAUUCAA